GAGGAAUAUAUGACUAUUAAGCAUGCCGCUUAGUCAACAACAGCCCUUGGUGGUCUAGUUGGUUAUGGCCCCCGGCUGUAAUCGAAGUCUCUUGGACUCGAGCAAACUCGAGUAUCCAAUGACACCUGCUUACCGGGUGGUCGCGUGUUCGACUCACGCCCGAGGGAUCAAUUUUUUUCGCAUUUUUUUCCUACUUCUUCUUUCUUGUCGGAUUUCUUUCAUGCAAUCGAUUUAUUUAUUUUAUGUAUAUUUUUUUUUUUUUUUUAUAUAUAUGGUCGAUAUGAAUAUUAGCAAUGUUGAAAAAUCUACUACAUAUUAAUCAAUAUUAAUUUUCAUUUAAUUUUGCCUUUUUAUUUUUUGAUUGGAUUUUAAUUUUCUUCAAGCACAUAA